AGUUUCUUUUCUUUAAACAAAUAUUAAAACCAGAGAGAGAGAGAGAGAGAGGUGAGUGUUAAUGGCGUCAAGUGUAGUCUCUCCUUCGCUGAACACCUCUUCCUGUUCUUCUUCUUCUAUAUUAUUACCAGCUCCAUUAUUUGACAUGAAGAAGUAUUCUGUUUCUAGUCCCAGAAACCAUGUGAGGAGCUCCUUGUCUUCUUCUAUAUUGGGUACUAGAUUAAGCACAAACAGAGCAUCAAGCAAGAAGAGCUAUCGAAAUGGAGGAGGAUUCACGUGCUCGGCUUCUUCUUCUUCUUCUUCUGUUCUUCCCUCUGCUCUCCUCUUCGAUUGCGACGGCGUGCUCGUUGAUACAGAGAAGGACGGCCAUCGCAUUUCUUUCAACGACACUUUCACUGAAAGGGAAUUGGGAGUUACCUGGGAUGUGGAUUUGUAUGGCGAGUUGCUCAAAAUUGGGGGAGGAAAAGAAAGGAUGACAGCCUACUUUAACAAGACUGGUUGGCCAGAGAAAGCUCCAAAGAGCGAAGAGGAAAGAAAGCAAUUUAUUGCUUCCCUGCACAAGAGAAAGACGGAGUUGUUCAUGGCCCUUAUUGAGAAAAAGUUGUUGCCUCUUCGGCCAGGUGUUGCGAAGUUGAUUGAUCAGGCUUUGGCAAAGGGUGUUAAAGUUGCUGUUUGCAGCACCUCCAAUGAGAAGGCGGUCUCUGCAAUAGUUUCAUGCUUGCUUGGACCUGAGCGAGCAGAAAAAAUCAAGAUAUUUGCCGGAGAUGUGGUUCCUCGCAAAAAGCCUGAUCCAGCAAUUUAUAUAUUAGCAGCCGCCACCCUGGGUGUUGAACCCCCCAGUUGUGUGGUGGUAGAAGACAGUGCCAUAGGUCUUGCAGCAGCCAAAGCUGCUGGAAUGAAAUGUAUUGUAACGAAGAGCGGGUACACGGCUGAGGAGGAUUUUGUAAAUGCAGAUGCAGUUUUUGAUUGCAUUGGAGAUCCUCCAGAGGAAAGAUUUGAUCUAGCAUUCUGCAGAGGCCUUCUUGAGAAGCAGGCAACGGAGAUUCAAAGCAUUUAAUUGCUUAAUAUGCCAGAAUUCAUGAGGUGACAACUUGAUGAUAAUAUAAACAGUGGAAAAAUAACUCCAUGUGGUCAGCUCUGUAAUUAAGAGCUUUUUGUUGUACUUUGUUGACAUUUUCUAUUAUGUCAAUUUUUUUAUUUUUUUUUUCGUGCAUACUUGAAAUAUAAAUACAUUGUUAAACUCUCUCUGUAGGUGUUCUUUGACAUACACAUGGAGGGAGAACACAAUCAAUUUACAUAAUAUGAUAUUCCAUCCCCAAA